AUGGUGGACCGUACGGUUUGGAAAGAUUUGGAUGGGAACCCAUGCUCAUUUCGGUCAUCAGAAGUGUGGCACUCCAUUCGGUGUAGGCAGAAUCCGGUCUCGUGGGUUGAUGGGGUAUGGUUUUCUCAAUGCAUUCCAAGACAUUCCUUUCACUUAUGGUUGGUCAUAAAGAAUAAACUUAAAACCCAAGACAGGCUUGCUGCUUGGGAGGCGGGAAGUGUAACGAAUUUAAACCUCAUGUGUUGCCCACUUUGUAGAACCAAUCGGGACUCUAGAGAUCACUUGUUUUUUCAGUGUUCGUUUGCUUCAAAGGUGUGGAACGAAGUUAAGUGUAUGAUUCAAAUGGAUAACGUUGAUAGCACUUGGCAAUCGAUAAUGUCCUGGAUGGAACAAAAUGCAAGCUCGAAGAAGACGGAGCAUGUUAUAUGCAAGCUGGUUAUUGCGGCUGCGGCUUAUUUUAUAUGGCAAGAGAGAAAUAACUGCUUAUUUUCCAAUGUAUCUGCUGAUCAGAAUGCGGUGAUUGAGAGGAUUAAGAAAACCGUCUGUUUACGUUUAAUGGGGUUCAAAUUUAGAAGACAAAUGAGUAUUGAGAGCCUGCUGAGGACGUGGAAGAUCGGUUCUGAUGAGGAGGCUAAUGAUCCGGGAUAG